AUUGGAAAUAUCACAAAGGCAGACAUGGAAACUACCCAGAAUCAUGCUUGCUAGAUGAGCAGCACAGAGGAAAGAAGGCAGUGUUCCUGUGAUCUGAUGCUGAAGGACAGAACCAACUAUUGGGAGAGAUGAUACUGAGCAAUAAGGUACAUCCCAAUCCACAGACCCGAGAAUAUGCUACCAAAUCACUUUGUAUCUUGCAUCUGGUCAAGAAGACAGAGUAGGCAAGACUCCGGCAAGCUGCUCCUUUCUUCACAAACUUUUUUUCAGCGGCAGUAAUGCUUCUGAAUACUAGUAGCUGGAAACUGUGGGAGAGGAGAGGGCUCUUGUUCUCGGGUCCUGUUUGAACGUUUCCCUCAGGUAUCUGGUUGGCCACUGAGAGAACAUUAUGCUGGUCUAGAUGAGAUAGUGGCCUGAUCCAAGAGGCUCUUCUUGUGUUCUUAAGUUCCAUAUAGUUCUUGCCCCUCUGCCUUCCAGUCUUUUGCCCCCCUUCUCCUUCCUCUUUACCCUUUUCUUCUAGGGACAAAUGUGUGGAAAAUGAACUGGGAAGCACAGGCAGUUGGCAUCCUUUUCCAGGAGCUGAGGGUCCCACACUCUGCAGGGUUUAACAAUCAAUCCCUCUUUCAGGGAACUCUGAAAAUGGUACCUCUGCAUGGGGAGGAAAGGGGUUUUCCUAACAUCUCUCAACACGCUUAGCAAACCACAGCUGUUGGAUCCUUUGGAAUAAUAAUAAUAAUAAUAAUAAUAAUAAUAAUAAUAAAUUUAUUUAUACCCCGCCCAUCUGGCUGGGUUUCCCCAGCCACUCUGGGUGGCUUCCAACAGGAUUUAAAAAAAAUAAAAGAUCAAACAUUAAAAACUUCCCUAAACAGGGCUGCCUUCAGAUGUCUUGUAAAAGUCAGACAGUUGUUUAUUUCCUUGACAUCUGAAGGGAGAGCGUUCCACAGUGUGGGUGCCACUACUGAGAAGGCCCUCUGCUUGGAGGACGCUGUGUCUGUUUAAGGCGGCAUGAUAUUGCUUCAAAUGUGUAGCGCAGGUAGGGCAGGUGGAACUCUGUUCAGAAGAAUCCCAGAGCAGAGCAAACUAAUGCUAGUUUUGUCCCCAUCGGCUUUCCAAGUUAUGUUCCACAAGGGUAAACACUAAAACUAAGGAAGGCCUGGAAACUGACAGAUAGUUCUACCUCUCAACUGGUUUGAGGUAAGAAGGCAGGCAUGUGAGGAUUUUUUGAGGGCAGACUGAGGUUUCUUGGGCAUUUCCCCAUUCUUCCAAAUGGACCAUUCUCUACUGAGGUGGACCAAAUAGUCUCAUUCCGUAUAAGGGAGCUUCCUUUGUUCCUAUGAGCACCUCCCAAACCACCUUGCAAGUCCAAUGGCACAGAGAACACAUCUGGUAGGAGCCUAUGGAGUGCAGGACAUGUGCCAAUCAUCAGGCCAGAGGGCUGAUCCUUUAAGAAACUCUAGUAGUUCAAAAGGAGACAGAGCCUAGACGAGGUGGGCUGGAGUGUCACCAUACCAAGCCUUAUUAGAGUGCAUUGCUCACUAGGAGGUCUCCAUGGUACUGAAACAAGCAACCUGUAUUGUUUUAUCACCUCCUUCCUGUUACCAGAACAGGACAGUUCCCCACACCUGCUCUGACAUAUCAAUGUGAUGUCUUACUAUUUUAAGGAUGCCUGAUGAUGCUGGACUCCCCCCCCCCUUUCUGCAGGUCCUCCUCAAGAUCUGCCAGGCAACUUUCCGGGAAAAGACAUACUUUACUUUGUGCUGCAUCAACCUCACCUUGCUCGUAAUUGUCAUAGGAUCUCCCUUAAUGCUAUGGCAUCAUUAUGAAGAUGCUCAAUAUUUAAUGUUGGGAUGGUGGACCAUAUGUGAUCAGUUAGGAUGCGAUGCCAUUUUUGUCAUAAAUGGUAAGUGGCAUGCUUGGCUAAUAUUGGGGAUGGGUGGGGAGUUCCUGGGCCAAAUGGGUAAUUGUUAAUUGAUUAUCAGGGCUAUAAAUGGUGCAGUAUGCUAAGCUGAAAUUAUGCAUCCUAUGUUAGCAACACUAUCACCAGAAAAACAACAACCAACUGAGCAAAUUAAUGCACAUUUCUACUACUUUGCCAAAUUUAGGGUCGGACCAUUGUAGGUAGGAGGCACACUGAGAUUUUUCUCCCCUCCAUCCAGCACUUCAACUAGCAGCAGGGUAACAUGUGCCUCCAUCAUGAGCAAGAUCCAGUUGAUCUAUUUUCUUAGAGAUGAUUCGUGGGGGCUCUGCUACCCAGUAGGCAGAAGUCAAAGGCCAUCAACCCGGGAGGACAAAGAGAGAGAACAGAAAAAUGCCACCUGGAUAAUUCUGGCUCUAUAGAGACACAUUGUUACUCCUCUUCUUGAUACCAGACUUGAGUAUGGUUUUGAUCAUGAAAAUAUUUUGAAAGCCAUGUGAGAGCCUUUGGGGGCAAUACAGAUAAGAUAUAAGUAUUCUAAAUAAGUAAAUAGAUGUUGUGGGAAGAGCAUCUCCCACCAGAGCCACAGCAAGCAGGCAGGGGAGGCCAGAUUCAUUCCUCUCCAUCAUGAUCCCAACAAAAAACACCUCCAUCUCCUCGGAAUGAGGUGGAGCUCUCAUUGAGCUAUUGCUGGCAGGUUUAUUGUUGCUUUUGAUUGGUUAUCUUUCACUAUGCAUUUACUUGUUUGCUGCUUUGCACAUUUUAUAUGGAAAGGCAGAACAUCCAGUUAGCAAAGACAUUUUGCUCUUAAUUGGUGUCCAUCCUUUAGCUGGGCUGGGAUCAGAUGUGGCCUUUUUUAGUUGUUGCAGGAUGAGUAUUUUUAGGUAUUUUUUAAUUAAAAAAAAAAUCUUUUGCGCAUUUCAAUUUGACAUUCACUGCUUUUUUUUUUUUUAAAUGUAAUUCUCUCUGAGACAAGAGGAAUUGCUUUACACGACAGAUAUUAAUCAUGAAAUAAUAAAACACUCUCCAGGGACAUAUCAUUUGGGGGAAAGGCUCAGAACCUCAGCACGACGGUCAAAGCCAAUGAUCUGAAAUGAGAUGUGGGAGGGUGGCCCAAGACAUUUUGGAACCUGAGGCGGUCCCCAAAAUGGUGCUCGCCUCCCUGCCAGGGAAGAGGGGUGAGGCAAGAUCUACAUCAGGGGCAAGGUGGGAGGGGAUUCUUCUGCCUGAGGCAGUCAGCUCACCUUGUCUCAUGGGUGGGUUGGCUCUGGGUAUUGGAAAGGAGUACCUUUCAGUAUUACAAUGGAGUGAUACUGCUUGGAACAAAUCUCCAAAAAUCUAGGAAGGAGGAUGCAGAAGGUCUUGGACACACAAAAUUCUAGUUGGGGCAGAAAUGGGGUGAGGAACAUGUGGUCCUCCAGAGGUUGCUGGGCUACAGCUCUUAUCAUUCCUGGUCAUUGCCCAGGGUGGCCGGGGCUGGUGGGAGUUGCAGUCCAAUGACAACCAGAGGGCUACAGGUGAGUCACCAGUGGGUCAAUAGCCUGAGUUAGUCUAAGGAAGCUUAAUAUUUAAUAAUUGUUUUGUGUGUUUUUAAAAAAAAUCAUUCCAGGAUAUAUGGAGGCUACUCAGAUCCUUUCAAUAUUAGCUGUCCUUAUGAGUUUAAUUGCUGUGGUUUCAUCACGGGAUCUCCUCUCUCACCUUGCAACCGUGCAGAUAUGUGAAGCCCUGAUUUCUUCUCUGGCUAACUUCAGCACAGGUACGCUUGAAAGCAUGUGGCACUGCCUCUGAAACCUCAGAAACCAGAGGUCUGGGGCCAGGGAGAGAUGGACACCAUUUACUGCAAUGUACGCCUUCAGUGCCUCAAAUAGCAUCUUGCUCCUAACUAACAAAAAAAAUAAAAUAAAGCAUACUAAAUCAGAGGAAAUAUUCAAUUCCGCACCAUUGGCAUAAUAUAUAGAGGUGUGUGGGGGGGGGGUCAUUUGAAUCCUUGAUCAGGAUCAACUGAGCACAGAAUUUCUAUUUUUAAUGAGACAUUAAAUAAACCUUGUUGAUUUAAUUGAGUCAAUGUACACAUUGGCAGAUGUUCUUGAUUAUAGUGAUAAAACACAUUCUUAUAAUGUUUUUAUUUUAUUUAUUUAUUGUAUUCAUAUCCCACUUUUUUUCCUCCAAGGAGCUCAAGGGGGUGUCCAUGGUUCUUCCCAAUCCUCAUUUAAUCCUCACAGCAACCCUGUAAGGUGGGUUAGGCCAAGAGACAGUGACUGGCCCAAGGGAACCCCGUGAGCUUCGUGGCUGAGUGGAGAAUUGAACUCUGGUCUCCCAGGUCCCAGGCUGACACUUUAACCACUAUACCACACUGGCUGUAAAUGUACACAGUGCCUGAUGUCCAUAGUAAUGAUAAUAGAUCAAAGUACAGUCGUACCUUGGGUUAAGUACUUAAUUCGUUCUGGAGGUCCGUUCUUAACCUGAAACUGUUCUUAACCUGAAGCACCACUUUAGCUAAUGGGACCUGCUGCUGCUGCUGCACCGCUGGAGCAUGAUUUCUGUUCUCAUCCUGAAGCAAAGUUCUUAACUCGAGGUACUAUUUCUGGGCUAGUGGAGUCUGUAACCUAAAGCAUAUGUAACCUGAAGCGUAUGUAACCUGAGGUACCUGAGGGAUGCAGUACAUUAUGACGAUUAUAUUUAUAUUGUGCUAGCUGCAUACCUAGAACAUCACAAACAACAAGUAAGACAGGUCUUUACUCCACUGGAAUUUAGAAUUUAAAACAUUUGAUGAGGAAACAGCAGUGGAAGGUGGGAAUGGCGUCUUGGACAGACGUGUGAUGAUUUUGUUUACAUGAACUUUGGAGUUGCAUGCAUAUACGAAAUCAGGUGUGCAGGUAAAGAUGGUGCAGAGCCAACAGAGGAUUUGCAAAGCACUGUGAACAGCACCCCACACAGCUCUUUACAAACUCUGACAACCAGCCAGUUGGGUGCUUGAAAAGAGUCCUGCAUAGUGCUUUGAAAUCCUGACAACCAGCAGCAACACGGCAGCAUGGGAUAAUGGGUGGAAUUGUUUAAUGGCAAGGGAGACCCCUGGUCAGCUGAAGAUGGUGGAAUGUUGGAAGAGUGGAGGAGAUGAACAGGGACAGAAAGAGAAACCAGGCUCCAAAGGCAAAGAGGGACACACAUCACCCCAACGCUUCUUUCCCUUUGCCUGCAGGAAUCAUCCUGGUGUGCUCUCUGGUGAUUACAGACAUGAAGCUUAGAACCGAAGUAGAUACAGAUGGCACUCGCCUCACACCUUUCUGCGGUUUCUUCCUAGCUUGCUUUGUCUGCAUCUUGUGCUUUCUCUUGGGUGAGUACACAGGUGGGAAGGAGUGGGAUGCAGGUGAAGCUGGGAGACUAGGAGAGCUAGUCUACAAUCUCACCUGACAUGGUCAUGAAGGUAGAUUUCUCAGGGUGUGCAAGGGACUCCACAUAAUUUGUGGGAGUGAGAGACUGAAUUUGUGCAUUGAUGUUGUUCUUUUUCAUGUUGUUGUUAUUGGAGUGCUAAUCUAGACAAGGACACCAUAAUGAGACAUGGCAAGGUGAAAAGGUAUCUUGUUCUGUGAAAGUUCAUGCAGAUUUUCAGGCAGACUUCCUGAAGAAAAGUUCACAAAACUAAUGUGGAAAUUGGGGGUGUUGGGUGUACCUAACGGGGGGGGGCACUUAAGGCUGGGAAAUUUAGAAACAGAGAGUAUCUGAAACUGACCAGUCCCACAUGACACUUGAUACAAACAGCAUGAAAUACAUAAAAAGAAUAGAGAUGAAUUUACAUACCAAAAGGAAGUUCUUGCUUUACCAUCUGCUUCCUCAUUGCUAUUGAAGAUAGAAGGGUUUUGGUUUGCCAUGCCAUUAAUUUAAAGAGUAAUCUAUUACACAGAAAGAGGUCAAAGUUCCAAGGGGUCGUCUGCAUAGAACUCUCAGUAGGGAAAAGCUCACCUUUCUCUAGGCUCCCUAUAGAAACUGCAAUAUGAAUGGAAGUGACUUGUAGAUUCUGUUUCCCUGUUUCCACAAGAAGGUGUUCACUGAGCAAAAUGUUACCACGCUGGCCAGUUAGAAGAGCAGAGAUUUAUGAGCAUUAAAGCGGUCCUUGAUUUGUUGAACCUUUCAAAACAAACACAUCACCAGCAGUAUCAUUAGUAUGGGAUAAAUAGGUUCCCAUAACCUUUUUCAAAGCAAAGGUUGCUUUUUUCCAGCAUUCCUAGGAAAGAUGACAGGGACGCUGGUGGCACUGUGGGUUAAACCACAGAGCCUAGGACUUGCCGAUCAGAAGGUCGGUGGUUUGAAUCUCCAUGACGGGGUGGGCUCCCGUUGCUCAGUCCCUGCUCCUGCCAACCUAGCAGUUUGAAAGCACGUCAAAGUGCAAGUAGAUAAAUAGGUACCACUCUGGUGGGAAGGUAAACGGCAUUUCCAUGCGCUGCUCUGGUUCGCCAGAAGCGGCUUAGUCAUGCUGGCCACAUGACCUGGAAGCUGUACGCCGGCUCCCUCGGCCAAUAAAGCGAGAUGAGCGCCAAAACCCCAGAGCUGGUCAUGACUGGACCUAAUGGUCAGGGGUCCCUUUACCUUUACCUUUAGGAAAGAUGACACUAUGCACAAUAGGAACUCAUAGCGACCUUAUGCUGACUCAGUGCUUUUUCUCCCCUCGGACAGUGACUCUCAGUGGCUACAGACGGGACUUCCCCUCCACCAGUUUUCAGCUGGGGGUUGCUGAAUAUUUUUGCAGGAUUGUUGAGUGUUUGCACACUGAGCUAUGGCUCACCAUUUCAGCAUGGUAGUGUCCUUUAACAUGGGCAGGUUGGCUGAAGUUGUUGGUGCUCACCUGAAACUACUUUGGUGACACUGUCACCUAGGCAUCUUUGUUGUUGUUUAGUCGUUUAGUCAUGUCCGACUCUUCGUGACCCCAUGGACCAGAGCACGCCAGGCACUCCUGUCUUCUGGGCAUCUUUACUAGUUACAAAAAAAAAAAAAAGCACCAUGAAACAGCCAAGUUGCAGGACGAUUCGUUAUAAUCCGCUCUUUCCCCCUUUUCCAGGCACACAGAGCCUGCUGCGGCACUUGGGCUUCACUUCAGCAGAGGAGAGGUUGUGCGUGGAAAUAUCCCCAGAGAAGAGUACACACCACCACACAGAGCUGCAAUUGUAGACCAUAGUCCAUAUCUACAACCACAGACGUUUCCCUAUUGGAGCUAAACAUGGGGCCCUGGAACACGAUUGGAUAAUGGUUUAGGAUGGUCUGCCUUGGCCAACUUGGUGGCCUCCACAUCUUCCCGGAACAGCUGAUUACUUUACUCUCAAUUUUUACCCACAUCACUUUUACUCAGCAACAUUGAAAAAUAAAAUAAAAUAAAAUAAUAAAAACAGUUGACA